AUGUCGCUCUCCAAUCCUUCCCCGCCCUACCCGCUCCACCCAUCGGUCGAGAAUCUCCUGGACCCCGAAUACGUCGAGUUCUACAACACGCACGUAUUUGACAAGCAGCAGGUGCACCUACAGCCCGUUGAGGCGUCGCGCACAAGCGGCAUCCUUAUCCCCGGGGGUGGGCCACUUAUAGAAGUCGGCAAGACUGUCGAUAUCACCAUUAAGCGACGGGCAACCGAUGGUCCCGACAUCCUGCUGCGCGCAUUCACACCUGCAGGCGAGAAACCUGGAGGAGGAUGGCCGGUUAUGUUGUACUUUCACGGAGGCGGGUGGGUUUUGGGGAACAUCGAUACGGAGAAUGUGGUGUGCACCAAUCUGUGUUCGAGAGGUGAUUGCGUGGUUGUGACCGUUGAUUACCGUCUCGCACCGGAAAAUCCGUGGCCAGCUGCAGUACACGAUUGUUGGGAGGCGCUCCUGUGGCUCAUAUCAGACGGCGUUGCCGCCCUUGAGGUCAAUAUCAGCAGAAUAGCAACAGGAGGGUCAUCGGCAGGAGGAAACUUAGCAGCGAUCAUCACACAAAAAGCAUUGACUCUGUCUCCGCCUGUCAAGUUCCUCGCUCAGCUGCUUUCCGUCCCUGUUAUGGAUAACACGGCGCUGGUAUCGAACAAUGACUCCUACAGGCUGUAUGAGUUCGCACCUGCUCUCCCAGCCGCCAAGAUGCUGUGGUACCGCAAUCACUACCUCCCGAAGGAAGAGGACUGGACACACCCGGAGGCGAGUCCGUUGUUCUAUACUGGGGACUGGUCUGCUCUGCCACGGGCGCUGAUCAUGGUCGGCGAGCUUGAUGUGUUGCGCAGGGAGGGUGAGCAGUAUGGGGAAAAGCUGACGGAGGCCGGAGUCCAGGUCGAUUUGCAAGUAAUGAAGGGGAUGCCACAUCCAUUCUUAGCGAUGGAUGGUGUAUUGAAGGAGGGAAAGCGGUCAAUAACGCUGAUGUGUGACCUACUGAAGGACGUUUUUUCGACCUAA